AUGGCUAAAAUUGCCACCAUUCUCUUUAUACAACUUAUGGUUAUCUUUCUUUCAAUAUGCCAAGAAACAUUAGCCAUAGAAAUUACAACAUACAAUAUCUUGAAAUUGGGAGCAAACCCUAACGGCAAAGGUGACUCGACAAAUUCAUUGUCGAAAGCGUGGUCUUUAGCUUGCGAGUCGAAAACCCCAUCCAUAAUAUAUGUUCCAAAGGGUAGCUUCUUGAUCAAACACCUAAACUUCAAGGGUCCAUGCAGAAACAAAGGCAUAACUUUUCGGGUCGACGGAAUCCUCGUGGCCCCCACCAACUACAACGACAUCGGGGAUGCUAAUUAUUGGCUCCUUUUUGAGUGGGCUGACGGAGUCUCGAUAAACGGGGGCACUCUAGACGGUCGAGGGGUGGCUUUGUGGGCUUGCAAGAAAAACGGCAAGAAUUGUCCGAGUGGCGUUACGACUUUGGCAUUUUCGAAUUCGAAAAAUGUGGCAAUAAAUGGAUUGACGUCACGGAACAGCCAAAUGUUCCACAUAGUAAUAAAUGGUUGCGAAAACGUGAAGUUGCAAGGAGUGAAUGUUUUGGCUUCUGGAAAUAGCCCAAACACCGAUGGGAUUCAUGUCCAACUCUCGAAAGGGAUCUCUAUUUUGCAAUCCAAAAUUAGCACCGGCGAUGAUUGUGUAUCCAUAGGACCGGGCACCACCAAUUUAUUGAUCGAAAAAGUUCACUGUGGUCCUGGCCAUGGCGUUAGCAUUGGAAGUUUAGGGAAGGAUUUUGACGAGGCUGGGGUCCAAAACGUGACUGUGAAAAACGUAACGUUGAGUAGUACACAAAACGGAUUGAGGAUAAAAACAUGGGCAAAACCAAGCAAGGGAUUUGUGAGGAAUAUUCUUUUCCAACAUGCCAUUAUGACAAAUGUGGAAAAUCCCAUAGUAAUUGAUCAAAAUUACUGCCCCAGUAACAAAAAUUGCCCUGGACAGGUAUCUGGCGUGAAAAUAAGUGAUGUUACUUAUCACGAUAUUCAAGGUACAUCGGCAACGGGAAUUGCAGUGAAAUUCGAUUGUAGUAAGGCAAGUCCAUGCCAAGGGAUAAAAUUGGAAAGUGUUCACCUAAAAUACAAAAAUCAACCAGCUCGAGCAUCGUGUUUGAAUGCAGUUGGUACAACAGUUGGCCCUAUCGAACCUUCUAGUUGCUUGUCAUGAAGGAAUACAAAAGUAUAUAUAUUAUUUAGGUUUUCUUUGAACUUGUGGUUGUACCAUUGUUAUCUCGAGCUUGAUCAUAUAGAAAAUACUUAGCAUUAGAUGAUUUGAAUGGUAAGCAAUAUAUAUGAUGUUAUAUAAAAUACUUAGCAUUAGAUGAUUUGAAGGGUAUGUUAUAUAUAUGA